CGCUGUUGGAAAAAUGGCCGCUCACGGAACGAUUCCUGGAACGGGGAACAACAUCAAAUCCAGUCCGGGGCGUGACAGCUGACCUACGGCGAACCCGGGUUUGUCCGUCAUUUACCCGACUUCCGAACGGAUGGGUAAAGAGGCUUGGGACAAGCGGCAUAAGGAACCACAGCGAGUCUGUUCAAGUAGUGGAAGGAAGCGGGGAGCUAGCUAGUGAAGCCGCCGUUGGCCGACGUUAGUUAGCUUGCUAGCUAACCCCAGAGGAGGAGGAGAAGCGCGAGCCCGGGUCAGCGCCUCAGUGUGCUAACGUGAAGCCGCAGGGAUGAGCGGACCGGGACAGGACAGCGAGCCCGAGGCCAAGAUCCUGCACAUCAAGCGGCUGUACAGGGCCGUGGUGGAAUCCGUGCACAAGCUGGACGUGAUCAUCGGCAGCAAGUCGUCGUACAGGGAGGUCUUCAAACCGGAGAACAUCAGCCUGAGGAACAAGCUGCGUGAGCUGUGUGUAAAGCUGAUGUUCUUGCACCCGGUGGAUUACGGUCGCAAGGCGGAGGAGCUGCUCUGGAGAAAGGUCUACUACGAGGUCAUUCAAGUCAUCAAGACCAAUAAGAAGCACAUCCACAGCCGCAGUGCAUUGGAGUGCGCCUACAGGACUCACCUAAUCGCUGGAGUCGGCUUCUACCAGCACCUUCUGCUCUACAUUCAGUCCCACUACCAGCUGGAGCUGCAGGACUGCAUCGACUGGACGCACGUCACCGACCCGCUCAUCGGUCGUAAGAAGCCCGUGUCGGCCACGCCUAAGGAGAUGGAGUGGGCGCAGAUGGCGUGUCAUUGGUGUCUCGUGUACCUGGGUGACCUCGCGCGAUACCAGAACGAGCUGGCAGGCGUGGAGGCCGAGCAGCUGGCCGAGCGGUUCUACCACCAGGCGCUGUCUGUCUCGCCAACCAUCGGAAUGCCUUUUAACCAGCUGGGUACUCUGGCUGGAAGUAAAUUUUAUAACGUGGAAGCCACGUACUAUUACCUGCGCUGCAUUCAGUCCGAGACGCCUUUCGAGGGAGCCUACGGAAACCUGAAACGUCUGUUCGAUAAAGCGGCCAAGAUGUACCAUCAGGUGAAGAAGCAAGAGAUGAAGAAGCUCUCGCCAUCGCGCCAGAGAUCAAAGGACAUCAAGCGGCUCCUCGUCAGCUUUAUGUACCUCCAAAGUUUACUGCAGCCCAAGAACAGCGUAAUCGACACGGAGCUGACGUCGCUGUGCCAGUCGGUCCUGGAGGACUUUAACCUGGUGCUGUUCUACCAGCCCACGCCGAGUCACGGCAGCCAGUCGGUCAGCGAGGAGGAAGACGAGCACGAUCAGUCCUGUAGCGUGCUCCCCGACAGCCUGGUCUUCAAAAUAGUGGUGAUCUGCCUCAUGGUGGUGCACAGCUUAAAGAGAGGAGGUUCCAAACAGUACAGCGCCUCUAUCGCCUUCACACUCGCACUGUUCUCUCAUCUGGUGAACCACGUGAACAUCAGGCUGCAAGCCGAGCUCGAACAAGGAGAGAGCGACGUCCCGCCGCUGCGCACCGACGCCGCGGACGACGUUGACCCUAGGGAGCAGACGAACACCGAGGGCAAGCCGCUGCAGAACGGCUCUAUAGAAGAAGAAGACGGAGACGACGAGAACGAUGAAGACGACCUCAAAGGCGAACGGACGGCGGUUUCUAAGAAAGGCUCAGCGAAGAAAGGUGGCGAGGAGAAACCGAAACAGAAGAGGAAGUACUCGCGGCUGUCCAUGCUGCGGCGGCGGCGCUGUGCUCGCAACGAGGACGAGAGCGACUUGAGCGAAGGCUUUGAAAGCGACGAAGAGGAAGACGAAGAGCUUCCGAGAGCAGACAGUGCGGGCGUUCCAGCGGAGUCCUCUCUGGAGAAAGAGGGGCGCCGGGGCACGGCAGGAGACCAGGGCGUCUGGGAAAGCGGAUCGGAAGAAGAAGAAGAGGAGGAAGAGGAGGAGGAAGGCGGCACCGCGUUCGACGUCGAGACGGACUCCGAUAUGAACAGUCAGGAGUCGCGCUCCGACCUGGAGGACAUGGAGGACGCGGCGAGCCCGGCGCAGGAGCAGCAACACGAGGAGGACGAAGAGGAGACGCGUCCGUCCCGUGGCGAAGGCUCCACCCCUCCCGCCACGAACGGCCCGCUGCUAUCCAGCGACCCCAGCAUCAGCAGCAACCUUCAGGCCAUGUCCUCGCAGCUCUUCCAGGCCAAACGCUGCUUCCGUCUGGCUCCAACCUUCAGCAACGUCCUGCUCAGGCCCUCACAGGCGUCCAACACGGCCGCCGAUUCCAUGCCCUCGCAGGAAGCCACGCCCCCUCCCAGAGACGCACCUACAAACACGAGUCCGGAGAUCGCCAAUGGAACCAAUGACGAUGAUGUUGAUACGGAAGACAGCGAGCACAGCAAUCAUUCGUAUCACAGCGAGAAAACACUUUCAGAGAGGCUGGAGAUUCUGACCAACCAAGGCCUCAUUCAGGUGGUGAAGGUCUUCGUGGAUUGGCUGAGGACGAACACGGACAUCAUCCUCAUGUGUGCGCAGAGUUCUCAGAGUCUGUGGAAUCGCCUCUCAGUGCUGCUAAACUUACUGCCUGACGGGAACAAGGUGCUCGAAGCAGAUCUGGCUCUGAAGAAGGAGGUGAGGGAUCUGCUCUCCGCUAGCGAGCAGCCGGACCUGGUGCAGACGGUGCUGCUGCCGGAGGACCAGGCGCUCCGCCACCUCCCCGCCCUUAACCUGGCGCACCGCCGCCUCGACUUUACUCACCACAGAGCCAGCCUGAGCUCGCUGCAGGAGUGUAUGGUGCGCUUGUGCUGCAUCCGCAGCUUCGGCCACUUCCUCACCGGUCUCCAAGGCAACGUGCUGCACUACAACCCGGAGGCGGGGAUUUUCACCAGCAUCAGCCAAUCGGAGCAGGAGAACAUGGUCCAGCAGGCGAAGGCGCAGUUCCGCAUGGCUGAAGAGGAAGCGCGAAGGAACCGGCUCAUGAGAGAUAUGGCGCAACUCCGGCUGCAGUUGGAGGUAUCCCAGCUGGAGGGCAGUCUCCAGCAGCCCAAGGCCCAGUCCUCCAUGUCCCCGUACCUGGUGCCCGACUCGGGAGCUCUGUGCCAACACCUCAACCUGCUGCGACAUCUGGCAGCAAGCGGCUGCUUUAUCAUCAUCAUCCCGCGCACGGUCAUUGAUGGACUUGAUGUUCUGAAGAAGGAGAAUCCUGGCGCGAGGGACGGCAUCCGGUUUUUGGAGUCUGAGUUUAGAAAAGGGAAUCGAUAUAUCAGGUGUCAGAAAGAGUCCGGGAGGAGUUUCGAAAGGGACAAGCUGAAAAGACAGGACAUCGAGGCCUGGCACCUUUACAAAAUGGUGGACAGUUGUCGGCAGCUGACGGGCUCUCAGAGCGGAGGGGACGAGGACACGGCUGGCAUGGUGACCAUCCUGACAGGGUACACGGUGGAAGAGCUUGCCGACCGCUCCGCCCCCAUGAAGUCGGCCCUGCAGGCGGUGGCGGCGGCGGGAAUUGAGCUGAAGAACGUCGUGGAGUUUUACCGUCAGUGGAAGGAAAUGGGCUGAACGAGACGGAGGGACGGGGGACUCAGCCCGGCGCUCAGCUAAUCACACAUCGACUCCCUCUCUCCUUCUCUCUCUUUCCCUCUCUUUCUCUCUCCCUCUCUCUCUCUCUCUCUCCUCCCUCUCCUCCCCAUGUUACUGCUCUGUCUGUGUCCGCAUCUCCAGGGUUUAACGAAGAACUCCGGGUAGAGAAGGAAAGACGGAGGACGAUACGGAAGUGUUUGGAAAAGCACCGAGACAGGACGCUAAAAUUUAAACAAACUCCAGAGAGAGAGGGAUGAAGCGGCGCUAAAAGUUUGCCUGGUUUUAUCAUGACCAGAUGAAACGAGAAUGAGAAACACACACACACACACACUUAGACACAUUAUACAUAACGUAUAAAGUAUACACACACAAAUCAAGGGUUUAGACUUUUUUUUUUUUUUUUUUUUCAUUUUGGUUCUCUGUUCUUGUUGAGACAGAGUCGCAUCUGUGUUUAACUCGUGAUUGUAACCAACUGAUCAGCAGAACCUGCUCAACCCCCCUUCCCUCCCAACACACACACACACACAUACACACACACACAAUCACUCACUCUCCCCCUCCCCAUCCUGAGCGGAAGCGCACGACCUCCCGGUCAUGAAAGAGGACUCGGAUCAUUUGGGUGUCCACCUUCUUUCAGAUGGUUUUUAGUUUUUUGUUUUUUCUCUCUAUUCUUCGUGGCUGCUUCUUUUUUUUGGGGGGGGGUGGGGGGAGGAGGGAGGGGCUUGUUUGUGAUUGAUGUUCAUGACAUUGUGUAAAGAUGUAAAAGCAGAAGGUUGGUUUUUAUUUGGAUUUUAUUUUUCUAUGUCGUUCCCACAUCAUCGUUGCUCUUAUGCUUCACUGUAGUGCCAGGCGGCGAGAAGGGGCGGGGCUCACAGGAGUGCAGAACGGGGUCCGCGUGCCGAGGUGACGUCGCAGCCCCGAGUGUCAUCUCGCGUUUUUCUCAUUAACAUGCGUGAAGGUGGUUCUGUUCAAAAGUCUGUGCGCUCGUCACCAUUGUCGCCCCAUAACACAGCGAAACGGAAACUGAUGUAUGUGUGAGGCAUUAAAUAAUAAAGAAUAAUAUUAAUAAUAAUAAAAUCAUGAGACAAGCUGCAUACUUUGGCUCCUUUUUCUUCCCUGACUUUUGUGUUUUCAGAAUCUGACAGCAGAAAAACUGAUUGAGAUUAAGGCAGGUUUAUUAAUUCAGUCUUAUCGAGAUUAUGACUAAUGCAAAAAAAUGGAUGGUGGAAAAGUUUAUUUAUUAUUUUCAUGAUCAACAGAAUAAUGUUUUUAAUUAAAUAAAAGGUAGAUUUACAAAAUGAUUGCUGUAGAUAGCUUUACGUUCAUGUUGUUCACGUCUUUGUCCCGACUAGGAAAAUUCAGGGCUUUAAAAAAAAAAAAUAAUUAUCUUGAGAUUGUAAUUAUGUUUACCUAAAUGCAUCACUAGUGUGCUGGGAAAUUUGCAUAUUGCACAUGAUUGGUUCUAAUAUUGUAUGAUGCAAUAACACUCAUUCGACAGUCUCACAUUCCUGUUAUCACAUCCUUAUAUAAGUUUGUUCUAGCCGCUGUGUUCUUGUUCUUUAAAGGAAACAUCUUAAAAUGCACUAAUU